CACCCGUUCACUGACUUCACAGAAAUGAGCUGGAAGCUGAAUGGCAGAUGGCAAAGCUAAAACGCCAGAAGGCCCUCUGACAGAGCCAGGCUUGGGAGAAGCAGCCGUCUACAGGGCCACGUGGGAGAUGUUUCGGAAAAAAGCAUCUUCCUCCUUGAGAAUGAGAAGGAUAACAGAAACUAGAUGGAAUAUCGACCGUGGGCGAAGCUUAUCCUUCCACGAGGUUUGUGGCCAGCGCGAGGUGGAGAUGAGGGCCGCAGCCGAGGAGUCCUCCAACAGCAGCAGUAGUGUAGGAGGCGGCGGCAGCACAGUCCUGCAGCGUCUCUUACAGGAACAAAUGAACCGGAAUUAUGUGCUCCAGCAACAACAAGGUGGAGGAGGAAGUGGUGGAACAGGAGGGGGAGGAGGAUACUCGGUGCAGGGACAGGUUGGGCCAUCUGAUGAUCAUUCCAUGAGCCCCCACAUUGCCCGGCAGGAGCCACAGGGACAGGAGUUGCAGACAGACAGCGGCCUGGAGAAGCUGGGCUCCUCCAGAACCGGAGGAGGAGGUGGGAGUAGUGGAGGGGGAGGAGGUAGUAGUGGAGGAGGGAGCAGCCAAGGACAGUGUCCAAACUCUGAAGACCUCCCUACAUAUGAAGAGGCCAAAGUGCAGUCGCAAUAUUUUCGGGGCCACGGCCCCCCUCCUCAACCUCAACAGCAGAAUAACCAGGCCCAGCAGCCUCCUCUACAAGCGUCUGUGGGCGCCGCCUUCUAUGUCACAGGGGUGAACAGCGCCAAGGUGCGCACUGAGGGGCGCCCCACGGUGCAGCGAGUUAGCGGCAUGGGGAAGGUCCACCAGGACGAUGGGCUGAAGGACCUGAAGCAAGGACACGUUCGGUCGCUUAGUGAGCGACUUAUGCAGCUCUCAUUGGCCACCAGUGGCGUGAAAGCUCACGCUCCUGUCACUAGCGCCCCACUUUCUCCCCAGCUGCCCCCUCCAGGGCCAGCUGGUGACUUAUACAAGACGCAGCAUCGUGGCCCACCUCCUGACUACCCGUUCAAAGGUAUGGGUUCUCCUACCAAGCAGCAGGAGUCGGGAGGCCAUUUUUACCAGGAGCAAAGAGGAAGGGAACACUCGAGGGAAGUGCCUCAUGUCCGAUACCAACCCCCACCAGAGUACGGCUCGUUCAGGUCCAGUAAGGAAGGCUUAGUUCACACCCAGCGACCCCUUCAACAGCACAGUCCCACCUCCUCUGUCACCUCAGUGGGCUCUUUAUCGCGCACUCAGUCCUCAAUCCUUAGCAACAUCCUUAGUGCCUCCCACUCCUCUCAUCCUUCCUUCCCUCAUCAGCAACCCCAGAACCAGGGAGAGCCCUUACUCACGGCGGUCCCUCGUAGUCCACAUAGUAUCGGCUCCCACCAGUUGGCAGAGUCUUUUACCUCAGGGUCGCUUCACCCACCACAGAGGAGUCAUGGUUUUUGUCCAGAUCCCUAUGGCUCCACACCAAGGAUGCACCAUCAUCAUCAUCAUCAUCAGCAGCAGCAGCAGCAGCCUCCCCAUCUGUAUCAUCAUCAUCAGCAGCAGCAGCAGCAGCAGCAGCAGCAGCAUCAUCAGCAGCAGCAGCAGCAGCCAUUCCAUGGACCUUCCCAACCGCAGCUGUCGGUCCAUUCUGGACCUUUCCCCCUGUCACAGUCCUACACUCACCUGCAGGGGGAGCCCUUUGCAAUGAUGGCCCGUGCCCAGCAGAUGGUAGAUACACUGACAGACGAAAACAGGAUGUUGAGGCAGGAAAUGGAGUCCUGUCGCGAGAAAGUCACUAAAUUGCACAAGCUGGAAAUGGAGAUCCAGCUGGUCUCAGAGGCCUAUGAAAACCUGGCAAAGUCUUCCUCCAAGAGGGAGGCCCUGGAGAAAACUAUGAGGAACAAGUUGGAGCUGGAGGUGCGCCGGCUGCAUGACUUCAACAGAGACCUCAGAGAGCGCAUGGAAACCGCUAAUAAGCAGCUCGCUGCUAAGGAGUGUGACGGCUCGGAGGACAACCGCAAAACCAUCUCCCAGCUCCUGACACAGAACAAAGAGACGCUGCGUGAGAAGGAGAAGCUGGAGAUGGAGCUGAACGCACUGCGCUCGACCACGGAGGACCAGAGAAGGCACAUCGAGAUCAGAGACCAGGCGCUGAACAACGCCCAGGCCAAAGUCGUCAAGUUGGAGGAGGAGCUGAAGAAAAAGCAGGUUUACGUGGAGAAGGUGGAGAGGAUGCAGCAGGCUCUCGUCAAGGUGGUGCUCAAACCAGCAGUGUGAUCUCGUCAGAAUACAACACCACAGCUCUGAUGGAACACCUGAGGGAGAAGGAGGAACGGAUCCUGGCUCUGGAGGCUGACAUGACCAAGUGGGAGCAGAAGUAUUUAGAGGAAAGUGUAAUGAGGCAGUUUGCCCUGGAUGCUGCAGCGUCUGUUGCUACUCAGAGGGAUACGUCUGCUACGAUGAUCAGCCACUCUCCUAGCAGCAGCUACGACACAUCAGUGGAGGCUCGAAUCCAGAAGGAAGAGGAGGAGAUUCUGAUGGCCAAUCGGCGCUGUCUGGACAUGGAAAGCAGGAUAAAGAAUCUGCAUGCCCAGAUCAUUGAGAAGGACGCCAUGAUUAAGGUGCUUCACCAGCGCUCUAGGAAGGAGCCCGUUAAGUCUGAUGCACCAUCUGCCAUGAGGCCCUCCAAGUCCUUGAUGUCCAUCUCCAACACGAGUGGUUCUGGAUUGCUCUCUCACAACUUGGGACUGAGUAGCUCUCCAAUCACUGAAGAACGUAAGGACACGAGUUGGAAGGGCAGUCUGGGGGUUCUGCUCGGUCCCGAGUUUCGCAUGGAGUCUCUCAGGACGGAGUCGAUGUCGUCGUCUCCCUCCCCGGUCCUUCCUUCUACACCGAUGACUGCAGGACACUCAAAGACAGGCAGCAGAGACAGUUACACGCAGACCGACAAGGGCCACAGUCAGGACACCAGCAAGCCCAGCACUCCGGCUCUGCAGAGCAUGACGCUGCCAGCUCGCCUGUCCAGUCCCAGUCCCGUCUACAUCCCUGACCGCAUAGCAGAUGCUCAGGCGUUUCACACCAGCACGCUGGAGCGCAGACUUCCCAUCCAGGCCCACCCACAGCAUCAGUCAGCUCCUCCAGCACAGUCGAGCCAACAAGAAGCAGACACGGAUAUGGUGGAGAUCCUCAUCUGACCACUUCAUCUCCUGAGAAACGCACAGCUGCGUGGGAGCUCCGUCAGCGCAGACGACCUGCAGCUCUCGUUUUCAUACCUUUGUGUUUACAGGCAUGUUCAUUCAGAGACUUCUACAUCAGCUCCAGUCCUUCGCUGAAUCAGUGUUCAUCGAUAUCUUUAAAGGAAAUCAGCCCGUUGCAGCACCCCCAAGCGCUUUUUCUUGAAUGUGAGUUUAAAUUAAGUGGUGACUGGAAUUUAAGAAUGUCAGUGAUCAUGUGAUUUCUUUUUUCCGUGCCAUUCGUGCUCCUGUGUUCACAGUGAUGGCGUUGCAUGGAAGUUAAAUAGCUUUAUGGACUAAGUAAGCAUAAAUCCUUGUCAUGUUGUGUCCAUGCACGUGAAUGACACAUGUUGUUCCUGACUGUACAUAACUGUGUUUAUAGCUGCACCUCUAAGGUAAAUAUUUCACUUGUUGUCACUCUGCCCUGGGGGUUCAGUGUUACUGUUCAAUACGUCACUGUGUAUGGCACCAGUAGUAUUUCAGCACAUUGCCAAGUUUAACGUGUAACUUUUUUCCCUCUUGCAGCCACUAAUGCACCAUCUAUAUAACAUUUAUGUGUGUAAUAGUGAGUUUUCUUCUUUAAACUACCGACAUGAGCAGGUCAGCAAACACCCUUCACUCUGAAACUGGCCCACACGGUGCCCCUGUGCUUCAUCCAAACAGGCGAACCCUGGAUUGCGUCCAUGCCGUGCACAUCACUGUUUCGAGUCAGGGUUUCACACGCACACCUGUCUGCCUUUGACCUCAGCAGUAAGGGUGGGACAGCUUAGUUAAGCUUUCACGACCUCCCUCUGUGGAGGAAUUUCCUUCACCAUGUUACGGUCUGUGUUGUAAGAACAUGUGGAGCUUUCUUUUAGUACGUUGCAUAUCAUUUCAAAAAAGUGACACAAGCGUUUAGUUCUUGAGAAUCUUUACAUUUCUGACACUUUUAUUACCAGAUUUCUCCAAAUGACUCACUAAGGGUCAGUGCCUCGAUGCCUGGCUCCUCCUCUGCAAGCAGCUCACGCCCGACGUGCCCCCAGUGCAUCCAUCAGGUGUUGGAUGAAAGCACUGUAUAGAUGUGUGUGUUACUGGGUGAAUCAGAAAAGGCACUGUAUAAUAUCAGUGCACUGAAUGUCUCUAUGUAUCACUUUGGUAAGUCGUCAGGCUGGUUUUUGCACACGAGUGUGUUGCUCUGUAUUAGCGAGCUAGUUUCCACCCACCGUGUCAUCAUCCUGAACAAAAGUAACUGAAUGGAUUUGAACUCGACCUGUAAAACAAAAAGCUUUGUAUACAUGACAUAAAACUUUAACCUUCAGCAGGCAGCACGUGCUCAGUCUCUGAAAAUAAACUUUCCUCACAUAAAGAAUCUGAUUCAGAUUAUUAUGUUCAGCAAAAAUAAUAUUUUAAGACAGAAGUAUCCAACUAUUUAUCUUCUGUGAAGUUCUUCAGCCUCAUUAGAUAUGAGUAUAUGCAGGAGUGCUGCUGCUCGAGUAAAUGCACAGACAUAUUGGUCUCCAUCAGUAUGACUGUCCGCAUUUGUAUCCAUGUUACUGUAGUGCUGCUACAGCCUGAUGUCACCAAUGUAAGUAACUGAGCUGAUUCACACGGCUAAUAUCACAAUUAUGGAAAAGUAGUUUUAUUAUUCAAGCUGUCAUCUAACAGUUUCCAAUAAAACUGUACCAAAGAAUGGCAAGCAAAAUAACGUCAUUUCAGUGGGACGGCAAUAUCAUUUCACUACAAAUAGUUAACAUCAUCAGGUUAAAUGAACACUUUUCCCACCAUUGCAGAAUAUUUUAGGAUAUUUACUCUCCACUCUUACUUAUUUCCUCUUGUUUGAGAUUCCUGAAUUGUAAUCUGUCUGUAAUAUCCACGUCUACACGUUGGGACCAUCCGAAACUAGCUCAUGACACAGUUUCUUUUCUUCGUUUCUUGGUUUCACAUUUGGUAAAGUUGCACGUCUUUGUUUCGCCCUGUCAUGAACUGAACUCGUGUAUGAAUCAAGCUGCUUUGCUUUCUGGUGUAGAACAAUGAAAGAUGUUAAACUGCGACAGAGUUCAGUCUGGUGUGAACUCUGUCGCAGCAAAUCUGUCAGGCGGCUCAUAAAGGUCUGUUACUGGUUCAUGUUAUUCAUCGGGUGUUAAAGAGGUUAUGGAAAUGAUGCUAAAACACAACACAGUGUUGGUGCAUACGUGUUUAUUAGUUUCUACCAUUAGUAUAGUAUUAUGCAUGCAUUAUAAAGUAUUGAUGUUUCAUGUGGGCUCAGUUGAAAGUUUGAUGACAAAGGACCCUGUGGGCCCUCAGGUGGGAUCACUGAGAACUUCAGGAUAUUAUGAAUGUCUCCUUUCAAGUCCUGGAUGCCUAAUAAGUAUGUAGUUCUAUUAUUUUACCAAAUUUCAGUGUUGUCCAGUUUAAUUUCUGGUUUUACAAUUAUAGUCGCAGGACUCUCGAGGAAUUUCAGAAAACACUGGAGAAUACCAAAGGUUCUCAUCAGAACACCAGUAGUUCUCCACUUUGAGAGAAGAGUAAGAAAACCAGCAUUUUCGAAUGAUCCUUAAAAAUCACUCGAAUCGAAAUUGGUUUUUAGAAAUGAACUGUGAGUAAGUGACGGCUCAUUUAUUGCAGAGAUGCCUGUUAACAUUGCUCCUGCAGCUGGGAUCUGUGCUCUUCAGUCUUUAGGAUGUGCGUCUCUCAUCCCACCUGAGGAUGUCCUCGGUCCUGCCCCACCUGUAUUUCCAAAGCUUCCACUGUGUUCAUAGCUGCUUUUUGUUUAAACAAGUCAAAUCUUUUGAAAGCAUUUCCUCCUACAGCAUAUUUAGUUAGUAAUCUCAAGUUACAUUAGUUCCUCUGCACUUUCCAUCAAAUAAAGUACAAUUUGUUAAGGAUUGCAGUCUGUACCAGGCACAUGCCCUAACAUAUUUAUUAAUUCAUGAUUAUCUCUGCAUGUAACACCUUCAAAGACUGAAGUGGCUGUCACAUUUAUUGCACAUUGUGAUUAUAAAUCUCCCAUAAUGUGACAAAUGCCUGGCAAAGAACACACGUAACAAAAUGUCUUGUAUUGUAGUUCUUGACGUUCUUUUUAGGCCGUUUUUUACGCGCUCCUUAAUUUUGUUAUUGCUGUACAAUCAAAAUAUACAGAAUAUAACUCUCUCCUUCUAUAUUGUAUCUUGGUAUGAAGUCACUGAUUUAUGUACUUUUGGAUUUGAAACUUGGUCCUUCUCCAAAUGUUUUUUUUUAUUAUCUUUUAUGAAGUGAGUAUUACUUUAACUGUUGUUAAAUAAAUUAAUGCUGAGGCUUCAA